AUGGAUGAUGGUAAAGAAUCUGUGGACGUAUCCAGUGCCGAUCAAAGUGUUUGGUUGCUAAAGGUUCCUAAAUUUGUAUCGCAGGCCUGGCAAAAGUCAGAGAGUGGUAAGGUAGGCUCCGUCAAGAUCCAAAAAAAAGGCCCCAAUGAAGAGAUGUUAUUUCUUUUGGAAAAUAGCUUAACUACAGCUACUUCAAGUGGCGAAGCAAAUAUUCCUACGGAAUAUAAAUUAGUUUCCAAUGAGUGUGGACAAUAUCAAGUAGCGUUAAAACGAUCACUGUCAAUAGACAACGCCGCCGAUUCAUCGACUGAACCAGAAAUUGUUGGUAAAGUUGUACGAAAAAUUGACCUAAGGGCGCUUAAUGAACGAAUGUAUUUGAAUCUCAAGCGUAGAAAAACAGAACUUGCAAAAUCUCCUCGUCGUCAACCUAAGUUUUUAAGUCAAGUUGUUAAUACAUAUCGUCCAGUUUCUGAUCAUGUUGAACUUCGAGUACCUGUACAGAAGAAGGAAGAAGGCAAGAGAGCUCGUGCUGAUCGUGAUCACGUAAAAGAGAUGUUAUUUGCCGCUUUUGAAAAGCAUCAAUAUUAUAGUCUUAAAAGUUUAGCAGACAUUACGCAACAACCUGUGAUGUACCUUAAAGGAAUUAUGCACGAAAUUGGACAAUUCAAUACAAAGGAAAAACGAUAUCGAAAUUUAUGGGAGUUAAAACCCGAAUAUAGGCAUUAUAGUAGCAGUAAGAAAGGCCAAGAUGAUGUUGGUAAAUCCAACUGA